CCUGAGCCACGCCGAGCGGCGCCGAGCGAGGCGGCCGGAUCCCUGAGCGCCCAUGCUGCUGACGCUGGCCUGGGGGUCGCUCUUCUUCCCGGGGCUCUUCGCGCUCUCCACCUGGUGGCUGCGCCGCUCGCGGACCGCAUGGACGGACAGCGACUGCGUGAUGAUCAGCACCAGGCUGGUUUCUUCAGUGCAGGCUGUGCUGGCCACCGGGUCAGGGAUCAUCAUUAUUCGCUCCUGCAAAGACGUGGUCACCGACAGGCACUGGCUUGCUCGAGAAUAUGUCUGGUUUUUGAUUCCAUACAUGAUCUACGACUACUACGCCAUGUACCUCUGUGAAUGGUACAAAACCAAGGACAAGAGCCACAGACACUCCCUCACCGUUUUCCAAAACUUCCUAAGUCAGAACCGUCUCAUGAUCACACACCAUGCGGUCAUUCUCUUCGCCCUUGUGCCUGUUGCGCAGAGGCUUAGGGGAGACCUGGGGGACUUCUUUGUUGGCUGUAUCUUUACGGCAGAGCUGAGUACUCCGUUUGUGUCGCUGGGCAGAGUUCUGAUUCAGCUAAAGCAGCAGCACACCCUUCUGUACAAGGUGAAUGGCGUCCUCACCCUGGCCACCUUCCUUUCCUGUCGGAUCCUUCUUUUCCCCUUCAUGUACUGGUCGUAUGGCCAACAGCGGGGACUAAGCCUGUUCCAAGUGCCAUUCCAUAUCCCUUUCCACUGCAAUGUGGCCAAUGCCUUCCUCAUCGCUCCCCAGAUCUACUGGUUCUCCUUGCUGUGCAGGAAGGCAGCCCGGCUCUUUGGUGCUCCCCAAGCCAAAAAGGAUGGUUAAGUGCUCCCAGGAGUCAGGCAGUGACAGUGCCUCCUCACAUUAGCUGCCUUCUCCACCCAGUAUUCUGUGGACCAAAUCGUGCCCUGGAUGGCCUCAGCCUUUUGGUUAUUCAUAAGCAGAUCGUUUGAGUUUUUCUAAGGAAUGUUCAUAUUACUCCCCUGCUCUAACCUGCCCCUUUUGCAAGAGCACUUUCUUCUUAGUAACAACUAUUAGAUCCUGUCAGACCUCGACUGGCAGCAAGGUGGUUUUAGUGCAAACCUGAGGAUUCUUCCUUGGGUCCUAUCUCAAGGGCUCUGGGAGGCAGAAGCAUGGAGCGUGGAGUAAGGGGACCAGGGUGUUAAGGAUGUGGGCACCCACCUGGCCCUACAUAUUGGUGCCAGCCUCCCACCUAUACGAUCAACCUCUCAGGGCAAGGAUCCACACAUACUUACUAGGCCAGCAGAAGCAGCGAUAACUUGGUUCUCGAAGUAAUGUCUUCUUGCGACGUUGGCCUGGAAAAAUCAUAGUGGGUAGGUAGUUUUUAUUGUUUACUACGGUGAUGACCCAUUGGUUCUUUGCCUAAUCCUCUCAUCCAUGUGCCAACAUUAGUCUCAUGUCUACUGACUUCUAGUCAGAAGUCUUACUUGGGUGGAGGCGGUGGGUAGGCAGGCAGGGAUGGGAACCUGAAGCACUUGAUAGGUAUAGAUUCCAAAUGGUCAGCACUACCUUUAUGGGCUGACUUGGUAAGACGACCAGUGUCAAACUUGUGAGCUUGUUACAGUCACAAAUACUCCUUUUUCAGCAUGUCCCCUCAGGCCUGUUCUCCCCAUAUCCACGAGAUUCAUAAAAACGUCAGGGGCAGUGGAAUGAUGGCUUCAGUAGCUCCUUACUGAGUAAUGCUACUCUUUGACACUGUCCUUUUCAUAUGAAAUGGAAACAGACUUCUAUACUCGACAAUGAGAUGUCUCAUCAAGACUGCAGCGUGCUUUCCACGGUCUCCUGAUAACCCAGAGCUUGUGAUCCAAAGCCCAUUCCUCUAUGAGUGUACCUGCCUUCUUAACCACAGAAGGCUGGAGAGCAAGAGUGCACACAGCCCUGGCCAAAGUAUGUCCUGUAGACAGACUCCUUCUUCCUAAGGGGUCACCUGUUGCCCUUCACCCACCAUUUGCCAAUAGGAUUCUCUGGUGCCAACACUAAUCAUUCCUUAUCAACUAGGAUGGGUUUUAGAAACUGCUACCAUGAAGUUUUUCAAGUAGAAGCGAAAACUAGAAUUUUUAAACUGUCUUUUAAUUCAUUGUUGUCCAUGAACUUUUAAAGUACUGAAUAUGUAACUGUCUCAGAUUUUGACUUUCAGUUGUUAAUGGGUGCCAUUUAAAAAAUGUAAAAUGCUGUCAUUUUUGUUUACUAUCAGAUCUUCAUAAAUCACCCCAUGGUGAUUAAAUUGCACUAAUUAUUUCUGAACUUCCAUUUGUCAAAUACAUCAAUACCAGCCUCCUCUGAGAACCAUCCUGUGACCUGACACAACCAGCUGCUCUAUCUUCUGGUCUGUGUUUAUGUCCAUGAAACUGGCAGAGGUGGGGGAAGAGGAGGGUGCUUUCAGACUCUAGAAGGGCCAGACUCAUAAUCGAAUGUUUUCAGUUCACGGUUCCAAGAUUAUACUGAAGGUCUGCAAAAUUUAAGGCCAGGAGUUGGAAGGGUGAAAACCCAAUAGUUGGCCAUAGUCAGUCCACUUUAGGUGGGAGAGGGAACCUGAGUAAUGCCCCAUUUCAGAUGAAGGUGUGAAUUUGAAGAAGGUGAUGGGGCAUAUCCUUUUCCCUCUCGUCUCCCAAAAUAAACAUCUUGCCAACGAGUUCUCAGAGUUCUGUAAUCUACCCUGAAUACCUUAAAUUCAUUUUUAUGGUUCUGCAAACACCAUUCUGUAUUCCCACUUUCUUCAAAACCAUGACAACCCCACCCAAGGCAGAGGAUAAUUACACCCAUCCCUUAAACACAUCUCAACUGUGUUUAUCAGACCUAGUUUUAGGACAGCCCCUUCUGGAUCUACAGAGUUAGACAGUAUGCAGUUAGAAGUCCUCAAUUCAGAAGACACCCAUUUUCUAGAGGUUAUUAAUCUACCUCCUUAAGGCUCAGUUUUUCUUGGUCCAAUCCUUAUUUUACAAUGGUGUUGGCCUCUUGGGUACAAAAAUCACAUGGCCAGUUGGUGCCAGAGCCAGGGCUAGAAUAGAGCUCU